AUGCAAAGUUGGGAGCAGAACUCGUCCCCUGACUGGACUGAGCUGACUUGGGAAUGUCUCAUCGAUAUAUUCUCACGGUUGAGCAUGGAACAAAGGUGGAAUGCACCUAUGUUAGUUUGCAAGACGUGGAUGGAUGUGUGCAACGACCCGUUGCUCAACUCGAUAUUUGAUCUUGAAACUUGGUUUCUAACUUCCACCGACUCCAUGCUCAUGCUUGUUGUUGAACGAAGUAAGGGCUGUCUCAAAGAGAUUCGGGUGAGGCACUGCACAGAUGAAUCUCUCUUGCAUGUCGCUGAUAGAUGCCCUCAUCUCGAGGUACUUUGGGUUAAGCAUUGCCCAAAUGUUACAGAUAAAUCAAUGGAAAAGAUAGCUUUAAAGUGCCCUAAGAUCAUGGAACUUGAUACCAGCUGUUCUUAUGCAUUAUCUUCUGGGUGUUUGGAAAUGUUUGGUAAGAACUGCAAGAAUCUUCAGAUUAUAAAACAAAAUUUUACGGCACUAUCUGAGGUCUCGAGGUUCGAGUCUUUUGAUAACUACAUGGAGAAUCUACCUAUCAUUCCUAUAGGGAAUGUUGAUUCUCAUGGGAUUGGGUGUCAUAUGCAACAACUUAAGCACCUGGAAGUCUGGAACUUCGAUUCUUAA